AGUUGUAGUCGAUGUCUAAAUCCGUAGUGUUAAUCUCUUCACCCAACCUAUAAUUGCCUGUCUUUUACAACUGCUCCAAAUAAACAAGUAAAAGAGGCAGCAUCACGACCGAGUUGCUUCAUCUAGUUAAUCAAAUAAAGGAAAUGAAAGAGGCAGCGCUUCCAAAUUUUUAUUUCGCCGUGGCUUCACCCGAACGCGCUGAUGCGAUUUUAGAAAAGGGGUAUUGGCUUGACGGCCUACGAGCAGACAUACCAGUAGCAACGUCCCCUGAGUUAAGAUCAGACGUAUGGCAGAAUGAAUAGGGUACCGUGAAAUAGCUGAGUUAAUAGUGACUGCACUAGGAAAGGCGGCUUUUAAGGUCGUUAAGAUCAGAAGUACUAUUGCAGUCGCUAAUUAACUCGGUUAUUUCAAUGAAAUAGCCGAGUUGCUAGUGACUGCAAUAGGAAAGGCGGCUUUUAUUUAGAAAGGCUACUCCACUUCUUGCAGUACUUUCUUCAUCUGUGCUACUCUAGUCUUUAUUUACUUGCCUAUUUCAGUUUUUCGAGUAGGCUCUUUUUCUUGCGGAAAAUGAUCGGGCCUAUUGUGUGGGUGUGAGUGCAUUUUAUUUCUUCUGCAUAAUAUGUUUGCUUUCUUCGUCAGCUCCUCGAUCUGGGAUCUUUCUUUAAAUGAAGAGGCCCACGCCGCUCUGUUGCGUCGGACACAGCGUGCACAGACUGGGAACUACACAGGACGAAACGAACUAAUAACAAGCACAUUAUCUUCGUCCUCGUCCAGCAGGAGCCGUUGUAUGAUUAUUAGCGGCCUAGAAGUAGGCAAAGGCGAAUAUGAUUGCAGCAGCCUAGUAGAUCUAGAACAGGAAGUAGUAGGCAAAAACGAACAAGAAGUUGCAACAAGUAAGACGCUUUUACAGAUGAAGAAGAAGUAUGAGGAAAGGGAAGGAACCCAACGAGAACGCACACCGCGAUCCUCGACCCUGAAAAGUUCUAUGACCAGUAGUAGUCCAGCACUGGCAAAUUUAUGAGUACCGGGAACCCAUCUUUUACGCCAUGCUUUGGCCACUUCCUUCUUGGAACAAGCUCAAAGAUGCGCUAAAGGAUGGGUUGCCUGUACCCCUAACAGCGGGGCCUUCAUCAUCCAAAGAUUUUCGUAUCCUCAAAAUCAAUGUGGGCAAGGCGCACGAAGCUGGCUGGAUUCCAGUCUUGCGGAAAUCGACGCACAAAUUUAUGAAUGGUUCAAUAAACCGUCAGCACAACAGUACAACACUUAUAUUCAGCACAACACGAUUCAGGACAAGACUACUCAUGAAUCAUGGCUCAGGAAUUCUAAAAGAAAAAGGGCCAAUUAUGAAAUGAGUCCUGGCUACCGCUAAUCUUAGACGGACAAGAAAGGGCGCCAGGACGUCUAGCCAUCUAUGUUGGAGUGAUAAAGGCAAAGGAUAGUAGAAUUUGAUUCGGACACAAAAAUACACUGUCCGCCAUGAGUAGGCUGCCUAGUACUUCUACUACCAAUUACAGUAUUAUUAGGGACUCACAUUCAUGUCAUUCUCACAUAGGGCUUCUCUUUCGCUUGGUCUUGGGAACGCUUCCUUAAAUAAUCGGUGUUUCUGCCAUUCUAACAAACGCAUUAAAUAAUGGGUUUAAUUAAGUACGUUCUAACAGACGCAGACACAGGGAAGUUGGCGCAAUUCACAGGGAGUGGCACUUCGACACCGAUAAAACGAGAUCUAAGCGGCAAUUGGACUUCAUGCCCCCAGAAGCAUUCUCCCUGUGGGCGGCCGAAUGA